AUGGAGAAUAAACGCAAGGCCGCCCAGGGCCAAGCUGUAAACACCAGCGACGCCGACGACCGAGCUUCAAAGCGAAGAAAGGUGCCCGCAGAUGCCGAAUAUGAUCUACUCAAGGAAGAAACGAAAGAAUCCACCACACACUAUGGGCUUCAGUUCCUCCAACAGAUCCGUCGCACGAGCGACAAAACAGGUCGGCAGGUUGCCACCUACUUCGAGCAGCUUCUGCCUAAAGAAGGCAACGAGGCCUACUAUGCCAAAACACGCAUGCCCAUAUCCCUUGCAACAAUCGAACGAAAAUUGGUCAACCAUGAGUUUUCCAACCUGUCAGAACUGGAAAGUUGGUUCAAGCGCAUGGUCUCAAACGCAAAGGAUUUCUACGACAAGGGGAGCCAGGUCUACGAAGAUGCGGAACGUGUCAGGAAGGCACUCAGCAACUACAUGGUCAAAACGAACCCGGCAUACAAGUUGAUCAACAAUUACAGUGCUGUCGCUGUGGCGAUACCCGAUGACUAUCCGGAUGACGCGGGAGAUGAACCUGUUGCCAAGCCAACCCCAAGCAAAGCAGCCACCGCGAAGAGCCCUGAGUCUAGGAGAUCAUCAGCGGCGCAAAGCAAAGCGCGCGCAAAGCCCGAGCCGGAGGUAGAAGAGGAAGACGAGGAGGAGGAAGAUGAUGACAAGGAAGAGGAAGGCGCAGAGUCGGAUGAGGACGGCGAGGGUGAAGGCGAUGGUGAGGGUGAUGAUGAUGAAGGUGAGGGCGAUGAGGAGUCGGACGCCGAGCCAGUCUCCGGAAGGAGAAGGGGACCUGGUCGCCCACCAAAGAAACCGGAUACUCAGUAUAAGGGCGUCGACUAUAAGGGCCUUACUUUCCAACAAGCACAGGAAAAGAUUGUUGAGGAGUUGUUGCGGAAAAAGGAACAACCCGGUGAUGACUUUGCCCACUUUGAGCCUUUUCUGAACCUCCCUCCCCGGACUCUUAAGGAUUACUACCAAGUCAUCAAGGAGCCCAUUUGUCUCAAGAAGCUAGCGAAACUGGUCAGGGGUAUUCACAGUCGCCGUGAUAAACCAGGGAAAAGUGAUUUCAAAACCUGGUCAGCUUUUGAGGAGAAAAGCAGCCUUCUGUGGAAGAAUGCAUACUAUUACAACGAGGACGGCAGCGAAAUAGCCCUACUGGCCAAAGAAAUGGAGGACUUUUUUAAUGCCGAGCUGAACAAAGCGAAAGCAGUGGUACAAGAGCCCCCGCAGCCGAGCAUUAAGCUCAAGCUGAACGCCCCAACUCCAAAGGAGUCUCUUCCUCGAAAAAUCAUUAUCCGCGCGCCGGGCAGUCGGGCAGAGUCGCCUGGACCUGCUACUGGCCAGUCCACAGGUUCCAUGGCAGAUGGGGCCGCGAGCGAUACGGUGAUGACCCCAGCUCUGGCAAAGUCAGACCCUCCAUCAUCUGCCGUUCAAUCGCCCGGCGUACAUGUCAAAACAACAGAGGUUGUAGCAGCCACGGAUUCAGCUGGCCCAGAAGAUGCCUCCCCGGCGCCAAUGGCCAACGGUCAACCUCAGCCCGCACCAGAAACGGCAGCUCCGCCGUCACCACCACAGCCAAGUCCGGAGAGCAUUAUUGCAGCCAAACUCGCAAAACUCUACUCCACGAAGCAUCGUUUCGCUGGAAGAGGCUUGGCAGAUGCUCUCAUUACCGACCUUACGAUCAGAACGCAUCCACAACUUCGCACUGAGUCCAGGUAUGAGUUCAGGUUACCAGCUCAUCCGAAGCUGUCGCAACAGUCGGUUACCAUCACCGUACCCAUGCCGUCUUGGACUGUGCAAAUCAUCCCAUCAAUUUCACCUCAACUACUCAAAGGGACAAGGCCGUACAAGAUUUAUGUGAUGGUCAAUGGGAGAGUACUCCCACGGAUGCCCACGCCGACAAUGACCAAUGGCGGGACUCCUCUUCACCUUCAGCAGACCGACGACAACCAAAUGAUAUUCGACGCCCAGCUUGUUCCAGGAAUAAAUAAAAUGUCUGUGCAAAUUGUAGCAGCAACGCCCAAGGAGACUAAGCUCCCGGAUGGACUUGACGCGGAGUUCGAGAUGUAUACCAUUUUGGCAAACUUGAGCAGGCAGUAG